AUGUCUCUCGAGAUACGCGCGCAGCUCGCACCGUCCCGCGACGCCUGCUCACCGCGCAUGUCCCGCUCGCAGACCUCAUCGCCCUCGCACCCCAUCAACCCCUUCCCGCUCCUCAGGCUCCCGCAUGAGCUGCUUGACAUCAUUUUCGAGUACGCCUACGAGGAUGACAAGCGCCCGAAGCCGAUUUGCCGCGACCUUCACCAGUUUGCCCAGAAGCGUCUCUUUCGCGGUGUCUUCCUAAGCAACCGUACGGCGCUCGCCACGUUCUGCGCAUUCCUUGACACAAAGGCUCCGACCCAAAUCACGAAUGGCACGGUCAAGGCUGUCGACUUCGCCGAGCUUCUUCGCCGGUUGCCUGGCCUGUCGGAGUUGUGGGCUGCACACCUCGGUGACGAUCUCCUUCGGGUCGUCCUUGAAGGGGGACUCGCGAGUCUCAAGCGUCUUGAGGUUCUUUCCGUCACUUCGGAGUCGCUACUUUCGAUUGAGCAGCAAGCCUGGACCACCCAGCUCAAAUGCCUGCCGUCUCUCUAUCACCUGGACCUCGAGUAUUCGGCGGCGCGAGUCCUGCUUCCUCCAACUGGCGCGUACGAGAACAUCACGGUUCUCGUCCUUACCGACGACAACGUUGAUAAGUGGCCGCCGUACGACUUCGGCACUGUCUUCCCAGGUUUGCGAGCUUUCGACGUAACCGAGGAGACCGGCAUCAGCAGCUUCCAAUCGAUAGUGGCAACCCUGCCGCGCGCGCUUGAAUCCUUACGGCUGACGAAUCGGUGCGUGGAUAUCGACGACGGCGCAGCAGACCGAGGGUCUCUAGACGCAAUCAUGCCUGAAUUCAUCGAUCUUGAACUACUCUACCUCUCCAGAGGCAUUUUCACUUUGCCGAAGUUGGUGCGGUACCUUCCAACGGCCGCCUUCCUCGUCUGGCUCGGCGUCGGUCCGGCAGCACCAGUAACAGACGAGUUCCUCCUCCAGCUUGUCGAUGGCACACUUGAGGUCUACCUCGAGAACUUGACGCUGGACUAUGUCGACUGCGUCCGCGGGACGACGAUGGCCAGCCAGAACUACGAGCUCAGCCCCGAAGCAGCCGACACGCCUUUCCACACGUAUCCCGACUGGUUCGGUCCCGAGUGGCCGGACGACUGUACCGAGGCUGGCCUGCGCAAGGUGCUCGACGAGGCGGAACUGUCGGGAAUCGAGGUUGACGGGAAGGCUCUCGAAGUCUUCGGCUGGGAGACGGACUACGAUCGAGAGGUUCACAAUGCCCUGCUGUCGUGGGCGCUCGAGACGGGCGACUGCACCGAGGCUGAAGAUGUUCUGGGAGUAGAUGCCGUCAACAGCUUCUUCAGGGACGUCGUGGGAGACUUGGGCAGCGAUGAUAGCUGGGAUUGA